AUAUUCGUUGAGAUAUUAUAUACUGUGAAAUACUGAACUACUGUUCUACAAUAACAAUUUACAGCGUCCAUUUGAAAACAUAUUUUUAUGUAUUUACAGAGCUAAGUAUAGAUAAAUAAUUAUAUUUUCACACAAAUGUUCAACCAAAACACAAAUGCGCAGCUGCCGCCUUCCGUUAUAUAUACAUAUACUCUUGAAAAUACUAAGGCCACAAGUGUUUAGCGUGUUGACAAAUGGAAGCUGAUACUGCACUUUGAUUUCGAAAUCUCUGUUAGAAGCCAUCGUCAACAACGAGCGCAAUUAAGUAAUUGAGUUUUAAACGUUAUAGAAAUUCAUACUGAAAUGUUGUGCGCGGCGAAAGGUUUAACUGUAAUUGCUAGUAUAUUAGCGUACUUGUUUGUAAAGACAGCCGCCAUUUCGGAAAUGUGGCCAGGAAGUCCUACAACAACAAUGCCGCUACAUUUAUCGGAAAUCGUCAAAAAUCUGCUAAACAAUAUUGAAAAAGACGGCGAUUGGAAUGAGAACGUCGAUUCGGCUUUGUUGUUCAUUGAGUUUUUGGUAAAACAAAAAGUGCAACAACAAAAGUCUUCAGUAUUGGACACAGCGAUUGGCAGUUUAUAUUUGGAAAUUCUGGAAAAAAUUAGCUUCAUACGUUUGAAAGUGAUUCAGAGCUUUGGUACGCACAAUUUACAAGCUGUCUUCCAACACAAUCUAAUGAUAACGGGUUUCACGUUAAGACGGAAUCAAAUUGAUAAAAACUUGGAAUUCAAAACAUUGGCGCAAAAUUAUUCAUCGCUUCUCGGAACGGGGUUUCCGAAUGAUACAUUCGCAGGCCUGUGUUUGAUGCAUUCACAAGGUCUGGAACUAUGUGAGCGAUUGCGACGCACUUGUCUGCCCGUGAUUAAAAUCAAUACACCCACAUAUGGUUUUCGGCGUACACAUCAAGCUUUACAGUUAUUUUUUCUUAUGCACCAUAACUGUGGACGCUUUUAUGGUACCCGACUGUCCUUCGAAAUUUUGGCCACCGAGCAUUGCUCACAGGUGUAUCGUGAACAUCAGUUAAUCGCCGCGCUUGACAGCAAAGAAUGGCAGGAGUUGUAUAUAGAACAGAGUGCGAUUUGCGGCCUUUUUGGUUUUGCGGAGUUUCUAAACGUCGAGGAAUUGACAAAAAUUAUACACUGGGAAAGUGCUGCCACUUGUGGUUGCAUAAAAUCACAUUUAAUUAGCGAUAUACCGAGCAACUGCCAUUGUACGGACCACAAGCACGUCGUUUUGUUGGUGCAGUUUGUCAACGCUAUGCUUUUCUUGAUUUAAGGCGAAAUUUAAGUACUUUUAUUUAUUCUAAAUAUUUUUAAGUGAAAUUAAAUAAAUUUUUACACAUAAGUAUAUUAAAAACUGAAAAAAUAGUGUUUUAUUAAAAAAAAUUUUAAAG